AUGCAGUUCUCCUCGAUUGUCACAUUUGCUCUUCUGUGCGCUGCAGCCACUGCGUCCUCCCUCAAUGCUGGCGCCAAUCAGUUGGACAAGCGGCUCUUUUGCAACGACCCAACAUGCAACACCCAGUGUCAGAACGCCAAUGCCCUUAGUGGGCAAUGUGGUGGGACAGAGGACCUCCGCUGCAUCUGCACCUACACGCGGCCGCUAGCUGACGCAAAGAAUGCUGCUGCCCCUGCUGCCCCGGCCGGUGCCGGUGCCCCUGCCGCCGGUCCCUGA